GAAAACUUUUUGGCUAGCCAAGCAACCGUUAGGAAAGUACCUAACACGCGUGCUGUAGACGAGAAACGUUCAGUCGAGACAGAGCUCAUCCACGGUUUAGUUGAUUUUUUCUCAUCCAACAGACAAAAUGGCCGACCUACCAAAACGCGAUAUUGAAAAUGUUGAAUUCAUUUUCGAAAUUAUGGGCUCGCCCGGUGUUGGCAUCGAUGCCGUCGACCUAGGUGAUGCUCUCCGUGCCCUCAACUUGAACCCAACCUUGGCGGUGAUCGAGAAAAUGGGCGGCACCAAGAAGCGUAAUGAGAAGAAAAUCACCUUCGAAGAAUUCCUCCCAAUCUACUCUCAAGUGAAGAAGGAUAAGGAUCAAGGUUGCUACGAAGAUUUCAUUGAAUGUUUGAAAUUGUACGACAAAGCCGAGAACGGUACCAUGUUGUUGGCUGAAUUGCAACACGCCCUGCUGUCGCUUGGUGAACAAUUGGAUGAUGAGCAAGUUGAGUCUCUCUUCGCCGACUGCAUGGACCCCGAGGAUGAUGAUGGCAUGAUUCCAUACUCUCAGUUCAUCCAGAGAAUGAUGAGCGAUCCAGUUGUCUUCGACUAAGCGCAUUUCUUGCCAAGAUGUGCGACAGACCAGAUAUGCUAUAAAAAUACCAACCGAUUUGUAGCGACGUCAACCAUUCUCCAUAGAUGUUUUAUUCAUCUCUCUCUCUCGUAUAUUAAUUUAUUAUAAUUUUUAAUUUUCUCUGCUCAUAAAUAAUUUUCAAAUGUAUUACACAAAGUAGUGCAGUUAUUUUUGAAGAAGAAACAAAAAAAAAAAUAUAUAUUGAAAAU